AUGUCUGAGGCUGAGAUUGUGAAUCUGGAAUCCGCGAUUAUUAACGAGUACCAGCGAUUGGCUGCCACCACCGCUGAGAUCGCGUCACAGCUACGCGCAAUCAACUCUGGCGAAAUGGGUGAAAUGUCCGAGGAUUUAGCUACGCUGGAAAACAAGCUCAGUCUGGUCUACACAUUGGUGCGGUCUUCUGUGUUUUCGAACUUUUAUCGUCCCGAGGAUAUCGCGAGACUGGCAUGA